ACAUAGCAUUCGUUAAAGCUAACUACGAAUUUCCCGAGAAAAUAAAAUUCGACCUCAAAAACUUUCUUAUUCGCGUUGAAAUUUCCACGGAAAGCUAGUGCUCGAGCUGAAGUGAAUUGGGGUGGGUUGCGUGAAGCAUCUUGAGCUGCGUGUCUUGAUUGUUCCGCGGUUAAAACUUGGAGAACUGAACUUCUUGAAACGCGAUCCUGCGAGUUUAAGCGGCUUAUUCGAACAGAUAAUAUAAUCACAAAAUGUCCAGCCAUCGUUUGCCAAGGAGAACUCGCGUCUAUGACGCUAACUACAAUAUUGGACAGAGCUACUACAAACCAGCUCUGGAUGACUUAGAUCGCAAAUACUAUGGAAGAUCUGCUGAAACCAAUAGUACUCCACGGGUAAAUUUCGAUUUGGACACCAAAAUUGAUGAUGACCUUAAAGCAGCUCGUUCACGGGCAGCUAAGGCGAUCGCUGAAGAAGCUGUUUUCGACUCUCGUGGAAUAAGGUCUCGCAAAGGAGCUCCGCUCAGCUCUGCUUUUGAAGAUGAUGAUGAAGACCUGGGCGUGAGACAAUCACUUACCCGUAUCAGAGCUGCCAAAAAACAAAUCGCUCAAACCAUUAGUGAUUUUGAAGCAGAAGAUGAUUUCGCCUCUAUGCGAAAACGUGGAGGUGAAACUGCUCGGAAAUACUUGGAAUUGGAUGGAGAGGAUGACUUUAGAAGCAAGCCAAGAUCCCGUCGUCUCCUUGAUAUGGAUGGUGAAGAAGAUACUGGCAGAAGUAAAUUCAGACCACGACGACUUCUGGAUAUGGAUGGAGAGGAAGAUACAGGAAGCCGAUUGAAAUCUCGUGCUCUAAAGGGCAUAUCAAGAUUAGACGACGAUUCCAGCACAUCCGCUAUAUCAUCCAGUUUCAAAAGAGUUGCAAUCUCCGAUACGGUGGAGUCAUCAAAUUCAGCUGCUUCAAUGCGUGCCCAAGCCACCAAAGCUCGAUUAGCUGACAUUGAAUCAGAAAUGAGCGAAAGAUCCGAAAAAAUGUUGGAACGUGAGAAGCGUGCUGCAAACUUGAAGAAAUUUUUGGCCGAAACUGACAUGGAGGCUAUCACAGCUGAAUAAAUAUAAUAGAAACAUUUAUUAGUUUUAUCCUAUAUUGUUAAACGUAUUUUAUAUUGCCUGACAUUUUGAGUGUUUCACACGUACUUGUUCAACGCUUUCAUGAAUUUCAACCCUAAUUCACUCGAGUUCUAGUGUUCUAAGAAAGGUCUCUGUCCAAAUUUCCACUUGACGCGGACAAUAUAAAAUAUGUAAUAUGUUAUAAUUAGAUGAAAGAAAAAAAGAUGAAAAACUAUGCGUAUCUCACUCUGAACAUAUCUUAAGUUGUGUGUAAAUAUUGUUUGAUAAAAGAAAUGUACGAACCAAUGACGAACUAUGUAUCGCGGUGUAUUUGCCAAUGCAUCACCGUCAAACGACUUCUCAACCACAAUCUGAGACUAGUUUAUAAUACUUAAUAUUCAUCUAUCUGUAAUUGUAAUAAUCUGUAAUGGAAUAUAAAACAUCUAUGUCUAGUUAAGGUAGUUCAACUUAAUGCAUUCGCUUAAUGUUCUAUUUUUUACAGUUACCUAUAUGAAAAUAAUUGUUGAAAAUAAAGGGUUUGUUGGGUGCUA